AUGGUCAAAAUAUACGACCCAUGUAACUUAAACGGAAAAUCACCGAAAACCAAUUCAACACGGUACGUGUUAACUAAAUCAACAGACACAAAAGAAUCGGUUGGAAACAAUGUCGAUCUUCAGCAUCAAAUCGAAUUAUCUAUGGAAAUGCCAGCUACUUAUCAAACUCUUGUUGCACGUGCUCAACUUGCUCAACAAUGUUGCGCACUGGCACGCGAACAAACGAGAAUUUGUGAGAAACUGGUUCACGAUCAACAUCUCCAGCAACAGGGUUGGUUUGCGGUUGUUGCCAAUCUUGAGGAUAUUAUAAAGAUGUUUCAAACAAGAACCGAACUAUUGCAACAAAGCUUCGAUGUUUACCUUGCCGAAAGGCAACAACAAAUGCAGCUUCUGAAUAACUUCCAGCAGGAUUUGGAAACUUUGGCAAAAAUUCCAAUAUUACCUGCGUUAAGGGCUCACGCGGAAGGUCUUUUGAGUCCGGAUGAUCAAGAAGAUAACUCAGAGCAGCAGUCAGAGAAGAAUGAGGGAGUUUUGAGUCUACUUCGAUGGAUCUCAGCGAAGGACAAUCAGAGUAGUUUGGAACAAGUGGCAGAGCAAUGUAGUCGGGGUUUGGAGCAGUUCGAUGAAAAGGCGAUGGCGUUGUUAAAGGCUGACGUAACUACAGCUAUUACGAAUUCGAACAAAACAGAUAUGAAAGAAAUAAAGGGUCUUGGCGAGAGGCUUUUUGCUUUGGAAAACCUCCUAGCACAAUCGAGGAGAUUUGUGCUCGAUCAAAGCGAGCUCGCUCAAGGAUUUCUUCAAAAUGAAAAACGCGCGAGUCAUAUCGGUGAUGCAAGCGUAUUACCUGAUCUCUGCACGUCGCAUAGAAAUCAACUAGCAGUUAUGCUUAGUAAUCAUAAUCAAUUACGUGACAUUAGGCGCAGGUGUACCAAAGCAAAAGAAGAAUUGUCCGGUAAUAUCCAUGUACGUUUAAAAUGGGUUAUGUACGUGGAGAAUAAAAUGAUGGAGGUUGAUAGUAAACUUGUGAUGUAUCACGAAAGUCUGAAACGUUUAAGACGUCAUCUCGAAGUAUUACAACAAAUUCAUUUGGCACCUCAAAUGUAUAUGAAUGCUGUCGCCGAGGUUGUCAGAAGGCGAACCUUCUCCCAAUCCUUUCUUGUAUGGGCCAGUAAUCUUGCUUGCCAGUUGUUGACCGCACAUACAGAAGAACUGGCUCGUAGGCGCGAGUUCCAAAAUAAAUUCGAAGGUCAUUUCUUGAACACGCUAUUUCCUGGUUUAGAUGACACGCCACCGCCCUUUGCAACUGAAGCACCCUCGGUUUUUGACAACGGAUUACCAAAGUUAACUGCGAGCGAUAUGGAGUCGUUAAGAUCACAAUUGCCUGGUUUAGCACUUAGUAUAUCUAUGCCAGAUUUAAACAGUAUAACGCAAUUCUUUUUAUCCAAAAAUUUGACCGAAGCAAGCACGGAAGGAAACCAAGACAAAAAAAUUAUGUCGACCCGCGUAGAGGAUUCUUCUAAAGAGCAAGACCGUAUUAGAGCACCUGCGCUGGGUGACAGGGGUGGAUUUGAGUCGGAAACGGAUACGGAAGAGUUCGAGAAAAUAGGUCAAGGCGCGACAGAUUCUAAACCUAGUUCCUUCGAUGGUACCCAACAGAAAAAGCAGAAACAAUUGGAGGUUGGUGCCUCGCGAAGCGUGUCCCCUGCUUCCUCCAGCUCGACUAACGUCUCACCAUUAAACACGAAGAUCGCAGACCUAACAAGUCGAUUUUAUAUAUCGAACGAACCUAGUUCCUUCCAUUUUCCUAGUCUUACCGUCAGCGAACGACCCACUCAGCUAAGUCCUCUCACCGAGUGCGCGGAAAACGGUGAAUCUUCUUCCAGUCAGUUGCAAAGUGCUGCUGCUGCUGCUGCUGCUGCUGCUACAUAUGGGUACCCAAAGCAUCGCCAAAUAACUCCGUCCGUAUCCUCUGACAAGAUCGAGGCAUCUAAUUCCUUAAGUCCGAAUCCUCCUACCUUACCUCCUCACCCCGUGGUGUGCGACGGUCAGCAACAGCAACUACAGUCAUAUCAGCUCUCUGGUAGCGGAGCUAGCAGCCCUUCCAUCGGAGUUGGUGCUACCGACUUCAUGGGUACCGAGUUUUACAUGGACGAUUCUUUGCCGAGCAGCCUCAGCGAACCUCCCGGCGACGGGCACCAGGCUGUCGUUUCCUUUCUUCAGGAAAGUCUUGGAAACGCACGCGAAGAGGUGGAAAGAUUGCGUUCGAUUUUGAGAAGUAUGAAAGUGGUCGUAAACGAAGCCUUAACUUCCGUUCGAGAAGAGUUAACAGUUUUACGAAAUCGAUCAGAUUUUGAUAACAGUGGUCUUACUGAAUUGACCGAACGUAUUCGCGAAGCUUUAACAUUGUACUCGAAUGAAUGCGAUCAUCGUUUGCAAGAACGCGAGCAAGAAUUAAACGUUAACCACGAGCUGGAAAUAGGUGAUAUGAAAAAAAUAAUGCAAAGCCGAGACGAAGAGAUACGUAUUGUAAAAAGGAAACUCUUGGAGAAGGAAACCGAGUUAGCUGAACACGAACGUUUGAUUAGUACAAUGCGUCAAAAAUUGGAUACCGAACAAACUGACUUGAGGAACUUGCAAUCACGGUAUCAUCAACAAAUGGAUGAGACUUUGGAACAGGCUCGUAUCGACAAGGAAACGGCUGUUGAAAAGGUAAAUGAUGAGAAGUAUGUAAAAAUAGCUUCUCUUACCAAUUCCUUAAAUCAAUGUCAGAAACGUAUAAAAGAACUCGAAGAUAGUUUGACCUCUGCUCGUGUGGAACAACACAGAAUGGUGAAGGAAGCAACGGAAAAAUUAGAAUUGGAGUAUAAAACGGAAUUAGAUUCUAUAAGAACCCGUUUAAAAUUAACCGCGGGUAAUACUAUGGAAAGGAGUCCUAGUGAUUCCAGUUUGGAAAAGAUAGAGCGGCCUGAUUUUAUCGAAUUUGUUAAUCACGAAGCUAUAUUAGCAAAAGCAAAGGAAGAAAUGAAAUUAGAAAAUGCAGCGGCAAUCCGUAAUGCGAUUGAAAAAGAACGUGCCGAUUGCGAGGCUAAAUUAGAUCACGAACUUUUAAUGGCCAGACAAAUAAUAAAAGGAAGGGAAAGAGACUACGAGUUACUAAGGCAAAGGUGUAGAAAUUUGUCAGACGAAUAUGAAUGGCGGAAAGAUACAAUUAAACAAUUAGCCAAAUCUAAAAAUGUAUCUAGGCAUGUGCUCAAUGAAAAGGUAGAAAAUUUAGUAGAAGCCGAUAAGAAAAGUCGUGAUCAAAAAGAGAAGGUAGUUCUUUUAAUGGAUUCAACAUCACGAAAGGAAUUCGAUGAAGAUUGUUUGGAUAUGAGUCAAAGUAAUUUAGGAGAAGCUAUGAAAAGUUUGGAAAGUGAUAAAGAUGAAGCUGAAGCAUCGGAAUCAAAAAAAGUGCGUUUGGAAGCUGACGAUGAACAUUCUCGCUUAUCAAGAAGACUCGAGAUUCUUGAAAAUGACAAUAAAAGAUUGUCCGCAGAAUUAAAAAUGAUAAGAGAAAGUAAAGUAGUCUCAGAUGCUAAAAUCGAAGCAUUGGAAGCCGAUAAGGUUCGCUUGGAAAUCGAAUUAGUUAAGGAACGCAGUAGAAGAGAUUUUGCUGAGUCAUCGUCCUCCUCCUCCGAUGUUCGUGAAAAAGAUAUGAACACAUCCGUUGCCAUUGUUUCUGGAUCGUCAUCUAGUCGUGAUGCUGCGACCAGUCCAGAUGGGGCCGUACCUUACUUUUACUUGUUGCACCUGUGUAAGAAGAAAAACAUUCCGAAAUUAAUUCAACAGGGACGUAUUACGGUAGCCACGUGUAAUCCCGGUGACACGGUUCUUGUUGUUUGGGAUCCGGUUCAUUGGAGUUAUGCGUUGCUUCAGGAAUCCUCGACUCUUUAUUUUGUAAAUUCAGAUUGCCUAGAAUCUCUUGGAUUUACUGUCGAUGGAACUCCGAAAAUAUUCGAAGCUAUCGCUGAAGUUAUCAAUAAGGAAUACUGCAUAGCAAGAAAGUCAACCAAUCGUUACCGUGUAUCCCAAGGCACUAAGUUCUACCAAGUGCGUAUAAGGCCAGUGGAAGAUGUUAUUGAGAAAACUAAAUCUCAGAUGUCGAAAGGCAAUACAGAAUAAUUUCAAUUUAACGCAUCCUUUGGUCCUCAGUUUUUAACAACACUGUGGUUAUGGAUACAGUACAACCAGAUGUGGUGCGUUACAUGUCUAAUGAAUAGAAGAAGGAAAGCAAGAUAAUAAACUCUUCAACUAUGUCUGCGAAAACUUAAAUCAAGAUUUAAAUUUAUCAGAGUCUCAAGGAUAUACCCUCAUCGUUUGCGAACAUAUAGAUACAUAUAUAUAUACAUGCAAGAAUAAGUGAAUGUGAUAAUAAUGAAAAAAAGGAAGAGAAAAAAGAAAAAAAAAAAAUUAUUACAAUAUGAAUGGAUGCGCAUUGGAGUUUCACUGUGAUA